AUGGCUCCUGAUGAUUCCAUCCCGACGCGCACACGCAUCAAGGGAAGCACGGCGUACGACCGCCACUUCGAGGGACAUCUCAACGACCAUGGUAUCUUCAUGCCAUCUGGUACAUAUCCAGACGGUACGAAGCCAUCGAAGCCGGCCAAAAUUGCAGAAAUCCAAAGAAGACUACGGAACUCUCGACCUUCAAUGGUAAUAUUAGAAAGCUCCUUAGAGAGAGAAUACGAAGACUUUACUACAGUCAACGACAAGACUUCUGGUGCGCAGCGGGUUGUCAAGAGAAUUCUUCCUUUCCUUCAAGGCUCGCAGCAAGACUCCUUCGAAGAUGGCGGCAAUCACCCAUUCACAAAUCUGGCUCCUCUAACAGAUGGCACCCUAGCUAAUGCUGCGCCUGAGUUUUACCAUGGCGCGCCCCCGAACCAGCUGAACAACAACAUCCGGGAAGACCUGAGUAACAAGAUUGUUCCCACGCGUCGGACCAACCGUCCAGCAGCACCAAACUUCUUCCUCGAGACAGGUCAUGAUGGAAGCUACGCCCAAUAUGGGCAUGACAGGAGCAGCAAUAAGCCGGACUAUUAUAAUAAUAACGCCUAUACUAUGGCAGCUACUUUUAACAAUGAAUUGCUAGGGCUGUACAUAACUCACCUUACAAUACCUACAGACAAUAAUGAUCCAGAUCCCAAUUAUGUGAUGACCCAGGCUGGGCAAUGGGCAUUGCAUAGUGACCCAGAUACUUAUCAGCAGGGUAUAACGGCCUAUCGAAAUGCCCAAGACCUGGCCAGGGAAUUCAGGGACGACUUUAUCAGGCAGGCAAAUGAACAAUAUGCAGCUGGUCAAGAUAAUGCCGGUAGUUCUGAUGGAUCUGAGGAACCUAAUUAUAUCUAG